AUGGCCAACCUCUGCAAGGUCGUCAAGGUCUGCCGCGCCAAGUGCACGGCCCACUUCACGACGUCCAUCAUCCGCGGCGCGGGCUGCAACUGGAUGGUCUGCCUCGCGAUCUGGCUCCAGAUGAUCGCGACGGAGCCCAUCUCCAAAUUCAUCAUGAUUUGGCUGCCCAUCGAGCUGUUUAUCUCCUCGGGCUUCGACCACCUCGUCGUCAACGAAUUCCUCAUCCCCGCGGGCAUCAUGGUCGGCGGCAAGUACUACGACGACCGCUGCAACUGGGGAAACGCGUUCUGGUACAACUUCUUGCCCGUGACCCUCGGCUCCAUCGUCGGCGCCUGGUUUCUCGUCUUCCCCUUCUGGCUCAUCAACAAGGACGGCUGGCGCGCGGGCCUCAAGCAGCAGAAGGCCGUCUAG